AUGGUCAUUAGGAGGGAGAUGAGUCGCUCCAACUUUUCUUCAUUAUACGAAGUACAGCUGUUCGGGAAGAGGUGCAUUAUGAAGCUUUUCCACGACAAUGGUGAUCCAGGUUAUACCAGAACAGGCCGAGACUUAGAUCGUUUUCGCUGCGGACUGCGAGCCUAUCAAAAAUUCCACGAGCUCGGCGUGUGUUAUCGCGGCUUUGUUCCCAUAUUUUACGGUUACAUCGAUCGGCUUGACCCUGCUGCUUUUGACCCACCACUCCACAACUUCAGGAAAGACAAGUUCAUGCCACGUGCCAUAUUUAUCGAGUAUUUGUCAGAUUCAGAGAGGUUGAAUUGUCUAAAUUACUCCCAAGACCUCAUCAACCAGGCGGUCCAGGGUCUUAAGGAGAUUCAUAAUGCUUUCGUCCACCAUCGUGAUAUUUACCCCAAACAUAUGCUUGUCAUGCCCGAAGGAAGGAUUGUCUGGGUUGAUUUUGAUGUUGCUACUAUUUAUGACACUGUGGGCCCCAUCGAGGAUGCCUAUCGUGAAUAUGAAACCCAACUCGUGGAAAGUUUCGGGAAACUCCUGGCCGAUGAUCAGAGACAAGGGCUUCCUCCGAACACCAAGUAUUAUUAA